GCGAUUUAGUCGUGUAAAAUGUGGAAGGCCAUUACAUACUUGAUCUUCGCGACAGCCGCGCACGCAGCGCCGCCGCCGCCGCCGGCGACAACUGAUUUGGCUAAUGUGAACCAAUUCGCGUUGCAACUCUUGGAAAACACAUACGCGUUCCAAGAAAACUUUGGUACUAAGAAUGUCGCAGUGUCUCCGUUGUCUUUGUGGAGUAUUUUCUCGCUUCUGGCUGAAGGAUCUUCGGGCGACACGUUCUUUGAGCUCAUGGGUGGACUUAAACUCCCGAGGGACUUGCGGAGAACUCAGUCGUUACACAUGGCCUUGAACAGCCUACUGCAGAGUGGAAGCCAGGACGUCAUACUGAAAGGACAAUCUGCUAUGUUCACCGAUUGCUCCUUGGAGGUACAUCCGGAGUUCUGCCAAGCCGCCACUGCUUACAACACCGACAUCUACUCAGUAGAUGCGAGCAACACGACGAAGUUGGCUCACGACAUAAAUUACUACGUGUGCAUCGCCACAGAUGGUCUGAUAACGAAUGCUGUAACACCUCAGGCUUUAGAGAACCUGAGAAUGGUGCUAGUCGAUGCUUUGUACUUCAAAGCAAGCUGGACUUACCAAUUUGAUCCUUCACAAACCAAAGAAGGCUCCUUCUACGACUCCUUGGGGAAACAAAUCGGUACAGUAAAUUUGAUGUAUCAGAAAGCACCGCACAGUUUGGCGUAUCCACCCCAAAUAGAAGCCCAAGUUUUGGAGAUGACUUACGGGAAGACUUCUCAAUAUUCCAUGCUCAUCCUUGUACCGUUAAAUGGUAUACCUGUCAAAAAGCUUCUCAACAAUCUCGCGACGAACUCUCUGGACUGGAUUGACGAAUUGAGGGAAGCAGGAAGUUCGACUGAUGUGGAUUGUCUCAUUCCAAGAUUCAAGAUUUCCAAUAAACUGGAUAUGAUAACUCCUCUGCAGUACAGUGGUAUACAUUCCAUAUUUGACGCGUCAAAGGCGCAGUUACCUGGUGUUUCUGAUACUCCUCUUUACGUUUCGAAGACUUUGCAGACUGUCGAGGUAGAAGUAACAGAAGAAGGAACUACAGCCGCUUCGUCUACCGUUGUAGGGCUUGAGAACAGGAUUUUAGGGCAAAGGUUUGAAGCUAAUAGGGAGUUCGUGUUUUUAAUCAUAGAGAGAAGUGUCAAUGUUAUUUUGUUUGCUGGAGUGUACGGCCAGCCGUCAGUGGUCUGAUUCAGUUACAAUAACAUUGUAAAUUAGUCACGCGUGUUGUAUCUUUAGUAGGAUUCUGUGGACUUCUAAAGACAUUUGUGAAUUAGUGGAGUUAUAGAAAUUCGUUAAUAUUGAAUAUUUUUAAGUGUCAUAAAUAUUUAAGGAUAAGUUA